AUGACACGCGCGAAAGGUCGAGUGUACGCUACAAAGGCCGCAGCUUAUGACGAGGAAGAGCGCGACGAGCCCCAGGUGAACGACGAGCUGGUUGCCAAGGCGGGUGCUCAGAAGGCGAUCCCGGAAGCAUACCGCCAGGAGAAAGCGAAUAGGGCGGAGGAAUUGAAGGACUGCAUGGUGCUUAUCACGCACCUUGCUAAGAAGGCUACGGAAGUUGACGCGUCGACUCUCACCUGGGAGGUGCGUUUCAAGUUGCGCAAUCCCUCCGCCAAGGGGCAGUUCGCGCAUUCCGCGGAUCCUGCAGCUCUCGCCAGGCAGGCACGGGUGGUGCAGCGUUGGAUCAACGCCACCCAAGUCAAGCGCGAUGGAGAGUGCAUUGGCAUCGGGAAGUUGUGCAUCGUCGGAUGGACCGACAUUUCUGACGAGGAGCUCAAGGGGGAUGAGCUUGGUGACCUGUCCCCUGAUGAUCUUGUCCCCACCACCGCUCAUCGCAGGGUUCAUGAUGAGAACCAGGUGUAG